GUAUGUGCAUUGUUUCAUUCUUGGCUGUGGGAUUAUUGUAGCAGUAGUUAAUUCCAAUGUUGUCUUCCUGUGUCUGUAGCUAUAACCUGGGCAGUGGUGUGGCCAAUGUGAUCGUCAACGGAACAUUCAGCGAUGGGAGGUGGCACAGAGUAAAGGCUGUCAGGGAUGGCCAGACUGGGAAGCUGACAGUGGAUGACUAUGGGGCCCAGACUGGCAGGUCACCUGGGAAGAUGAGACAGCUGAACGUCAACGGGGUCUUGUAUGUCGGGGGGAUGAAGGAGAUUGCUCUGCACACUAACCGGCAGUACAGUGGAGGUCUGGUGGGCUGCGUCUCCCACUUCACCCUGUCCACCGACUACCACCUCUCCCUAGUGGAGGACGCUGCCGACGGCAAGAACAUCAACACUUGUACCAACUAAAAGUCCUGUGUGUCCAGGGCCCGUAGUCAUUAAGCAUCUCAGAGUAGGAGUGCUGAUCUAGAAUCAGUUUUGCCUUUUAGAUGAGAAAGCAUGACAGGAGGAACCUGAUCCUAUAUCAGCACUUCUACUCUGCGAUGCUUUGUGAACACGGGCCUUGGGCUUUCUGUCCACUCAGCAGCAAGACACGUUCACCAAAGGACCCAAUAGCACAAGUGCAACCAGACUGGAGUGGAGAGACCUCGCUAGAACUUCCUGAAAAUGUAAGGUUGCAACUUUGACAUCCGAAGGACAAUUUCAUGGGAUGGUUUCGACGAUAUCCAUAUAUUUUUUUCUACAUCCUUAUUGGAUGAUUUGGAGAACCAAAAGAUGUAGUAAUGAAGGGUGUUUUUGAUAAAGUGACAUGAUGUUUGUAGAAAAAUAACCAUUUUUUUAGUUGUAUUUUUUAAGCCUGCUCUUGGCACACAGAGUCAUGUUAUUGUGAUUGUUGUGUUGUGGUGUCUGUAUCAACCAGUCCAUAGACUACAGUGUUUUUGACUUCAAUUCAUGUGAGUUGUUUGCAGGUUGCUAGUGUUUGGUGGCACCUUAUUUGGGGAGAACGGGCUUGUGGUAAUGACUGGAGCGGAAUCAGUGGAAUGGUAUCGAAU